CAACACACUAAGAACGCUCUACGCUGGGGGAAACAAAAUCACAGAUUUCAUUAAACGUUGAUUUAAAAGCCUGAAAACUGAUUUCUCAUUUUGGGGAUUUUAAUCAACAGCAGGGCUUUCCUGAUGUGUAGAGUAUACAGCUGGGUGUAAUUGCAAUGGGUGCUUUCAUUCCUUCUUUUAUUGGGGCAUUUAAUCAGUGCUGUCUCUCAUCAGUGGGCCAUUUUGCGGAGGGACACGGUGGGAUGGAUUCCAGUCGUGGUCAUAAGAUGCUGAUUGUGAUUGGAGUAAUAAUCAGGGGCUUCCUCAGUCUCCAACAUGGCUCUGAAUUCAAAUCUGCUUGACUCUUUGUUCAAUCUUCCUGCACGUUUCUCGCAGAGCAAAUACCCCAAUAUCCAGGUCUGAGGAUUCAACAGCUGCUUCAGACUCCUCCAGCCAUCUUACAGAGACGACCAUAAAAGCCAUGCUCUCUGUCCAUGAUGGAUUCAGUUCAGCACCUUUACCCCUGAAAACUCUCCCUCAAUCUACCAACACUUCCCAUCUCAUGUUCUCUGAGAAGAACUCAUUAAACCCUUCGCCCCAGGAUGGAGAAAAACAACAGAUCUUUACUAGCUCGACUUAUGACGAUCCUCUUAAUACCACUAACUCUGGUUUUUUACUCCCUAAUAAUGUAUCAGCUAUUGCCCAGCUAUCGAAAGCAAACCAGCUUGAGGAAAACAGUUUAAACAGCUCUCAGAUUGACAGCAAGCAACAAGAAAUUGCUGAAUUCUUAGGGCAGUUAGAUAAGAAUGGAGAUGGAUCCGGUGCAGAAACAGAUGGAGGUGAUGUUUAUGGUAAUUUUAACAUGUCUUUACUUGAAAUAAAUGGUUUGGUUUUAGCAGAGGAGAGUGGAUCAGGCUCUGGUGAUGACAGCAGCGGAGAAUCUGAUACUUUUUCCACAUUUAUAAGUUCAGCUUUUAGCUUAAGCACGAAUGAAACUCCAGGAAAGAGCAUAGUGCCAGAAAGGACGAUAUCUGCUGCAAGAGAUGAAGGUGGGAUCAGUCGUAAAAGGUGUAAAGAGAAGAAAAAUGAGAUAAGUAUUGAAGAAAAUGAAGGCAAGGCCAAAGAUGAGCGGGAAAUCAAGGUAGAGGGUGGGAGUGGGGCUGAAGAUGGCAGUGGUUCUGGAGAACAAGCAGCUGUUAUUGGAAACGUAAAUCUAGAGCAGGUUGGUGGUGAUCAGGAACCCUUCAAAGCUCGACCUAAAAACAAACGAACGUCUCAGAGAAAUGGAAAACUCCAGCUAACAAUCUACAGCGAAACUGCACCUACACCAGACCAAGCACGAUUUAUGACCAGCGAUGAGAAUCCUUACGUUGGCGGUCAUGAAGAGGACCGUGAAGGAGGAUCUGGUUAUGUUAGUGAAGACGCUUUCUCAAACACAGCUGGGUCGCUUCAUGCUGCAAGGAGCUCCGUGUCGGAGCUCGGAUUCACUGACAACCCCAAAGGAAAACAGGAACAGACCGAAGGUAAACGGGACACAAUGUUUGAGCUUUUCACUUUUUGGAGGAAUGUCUUUGAAGGGCUUGUCAGCUGAUGAUCCCCUUUAAGCAUUUCAAGUCACCAAUCAGUUUAAUUUGCAACCAGGAAGGGCUUAAGGCGUCAGUCACAACAGACUGAGAUAUUCCUCUGGAGGUUAUGAAUAUCACUUCUGCCCAAGGCACAUUUUUUAGACUCCAAAAGUCAGAUAUCUGAGUAAAAAUGGAAUGUGCCAUCAUUUAUGAAAUCCUGAACAAAUAAAUUCGUGCAAUAAAAGAUAAUAAAAAGGGAAAAAUAUCUGAUGAGCCUGAAGCAUCUACAAAGUUACAUAACUUUUUAUGCAGACGAUAUUCUGACUUUUCCUCUGCUUGGACGUAGUUCUAAACCCAUCUAAUGUGCAACCUGAGAGCCGUAGCCCGUUCUU